AUGUCUAAAUUGCUUCUUGCACUGUCUGUUCUUUCUUCUCCCCUAGUUCUUGCAUCAACGCCCGUGAAUGUCCCACUCGCAACAGCCACCGUCGAGAAUCUAGGCAUAGUCUCUGAUCCAGCCUCAAACACAGAGGGAAUAUUCCAUGACGGUGGCGGUGGGGCAACGCAAAAUGGAUAUCAUGUCCAAGUCUUCGCUGAUUCGGACACGACGAGUGAUGGUUUCAAUUUUGUGCAUAACUCAGUUGCUUAUUUUGGCUUUCGCGAUGCCAGCAAUCCGCUCGAUGAGUAUACCUUCGGCAUGAAUGGUACAACAGGAGAUGCGAUAUUUACUGGCGAUGUACCAGUCGGCCCCAUCACCGCGAAUGAAACAGCGUUGGGACCUGACUUUGCGAUUUGGAUGUUGUCAGGAAUGACUCCCAUGCUUGACGGUUCAACCAUCCUCGGCGUAUUCCCAGCUCUGAACGAAGGGACAAGCGAGUCCCUAUACUCAACGAUGGUCCAAAUGACAGUUGUUGACCCUUACGACGUGGCUCCCGGCGGUAAUCCACCCUUCACAAGACUCGGGACAGGUCGCCUCUUCUACCCGAACGAGGUCAAUUACGGAACAUUCGCUUUAUCGGCGGAUAUUGAUGGAUAUCUCUAUCUUUUCGGCAGUGAUGUAACAGGCGUAAAGCUCGCUCGCGUCCCUGACACAGCAUCCACAAUCGCUGAUCGAGUGGCAUACGAGUACUAUAACUCCGCUACCGGGGACUGGCAAGGCGAUCCUCUCGCUCUCAACAAUGCGGAUGGAAAUAUUAUAACGUGGUCCUCCGAUCCCUUGGGCGUUGUAGUCGGACCUAAUGUUGGCGAUGUAUGGUACGACCCAUACCAUGAAACCACGAUGAUGAUGUGGGGUGACGGUGGUAUCGAUGGUACAUUUUGGUUCUCGUACGCAACGACAAACUCGCUGGAGGGACCGUGGAGCACGCCAGUUGCGAUUUGGACCCCAUUUGUGCCGAGUGGGUGUGAUGCGACGAGCGAGGCAUGGAAUUAUCAAGGACAUGCGCAUCCCGGCUGGGACAGCACUGGAAAGACGUUGUUGAUUAGUUAUGCGAGCUGUGCAUUAUUACCAGAUAUUAUCAUCAGGUGGCAAAAUUCAAUCUUGAGCUUCAAUAGAGCCACAGUACUGAGAACCUCCGUUGGGCAAAUGUGUUCGAAGCGGGUGAAGCUUGACGCAGAGAAUUGA